AUGACAUUGGUUCCUAUGAUGCAACAACUGAGUUUCAGCACAACCAGACCCAGGCACAAACAGAGCUCUGAUUUGCUUUUUUCGGAUCCUGAAGACUUAAGCCAAAGCUCAGUUCUCGCUCCUCUCCGCACGUCGGUUGGCCGCGGCGCCAAUGUGCAGCGAAAGGGCGCAAUUUGGUGUGUGGGCUCCGAGGCAGCAACGGCGGCUGCAUCUAAUCCCGGGGUGGGAGGAGGACAGAGAGAGGAGGGGUCGGGGCUGGGCUCCCUUGUUGCCAGGCUGGAUGGUGCCAAGAAGGCGAAGGCGCCACCUCUGGCGCUCAAUCGGCAGCCGGCCGGCAGGCCCGCCUCCCCUCGCUCCUCACUCUUUCUUCCCCAGAGAAGCUGCCCUGCUCCUCGCCCAGCGUGGGCAGAGCAAGCCCAGCCAACUGAUAGCUGCAUCCCCGGCGGCGGCGGCAGCGAGAGGCGAGCGAAGGAAAGCGCAAUGCAAAGCCGCGGCGGCAGGCAAGCGUGCGGCAGCCUGUGCCCCAACAGAGUGCAAGACUUGGCCGGGCGGCUAGGCAAAAAACCGGGCAAAGCCGAGAAAAAGGUGCUACGGACGAUCCAUCCCAGAAGCAACCCAAUAGUCAUUUAUAACGAUCCAUCUCCGGAAUCUGUAGAUGUGGCCUUUCCUACCAUCGAUUGGCAGGAUUUAGCUGACUGUACCUCAGUCUUUCAACAGGAAGUUUCUAGAGUUACUGCAGCCCAGCAGCUGCUGCGUCUCAUCCUGGUAGUUCUUGCUCGUUUGACGGACAGAAAGCAAGCGGCUGGUGAGCAAACACCUCUUCGCCACCACUACCACCUGGGCCAUAGCAAUCGGCUGGUGAACAAGCAUGAAGGAGCAACUCUGAAAGGCCGCAGUCCUCGUAAUUGCUCUUUAAGUCAGCCCUUAGCUGCCACCGGCACUACUGGACAGAGAAGCGCUUCCUUGUUUCUCUUCGCUAUGGCAGUGCAAGCCCUCUACCAUUAUCUAGCUUGGCCGAUGGAUUUUCAGAGCCCCUGCUUGCAAGUUGAGCCUGAUUUUGAUUUCCAGGAGUUUCGUGAUGCCGUGGAUAACUUCAUAUCCGAUCCAUCUUCUUUGAUGCCUCCUCUGCUGGAUUCUGCUGAUUUUUCCUUCCCUGUGGAUGAUGGAAGACCAUUCAGCCCUUGUCUUCACCAGCCCACUCAGGCUGAUCCUGUCUCUCAGAUGACUGUAGAAAAUAUCUCUUCCACUGAGCAAUACUGGAAAGACUUGGCUGAUCAUAACCAAAAAGCACUGGGGGAUGCACUUGUGGAGAACAAUCAGCUCCAUGUGACAUUGACCCAAAAGCAAGAAGAGAUUGCUUCCCUGAAGGAAAGAAAUAUCCAGCUGAAGGAACUAGCCAGCCAAGCAAAGCAGCUUGCCUCUGUGCUGGAUAAGCUGAUGCUGCCACAGUGCAAAGACAGCACCGAAUUCUCCCUCGCCAGUGGUCCCAGCAAGAGGAACCUCAAGCAGGUGUCUGUUGCCGAGCAAGAGGAUGAUGUGGAAAUGAAUGAAAUCUUACGGGAAAUAUCAGAGAAAUGCAAUGCAGCCUUGCAGUCCAUUGAUGACAACAGAAGCCCAAAGCGCCCUCGUGGAGAGAGUGAAGCAGUCCACAUGUAUGGUGCUUUCCAUGGGUUGCAGACAUGCAGCAGCCACAGCUCUCUGGACUUAAGUGGCAGUGAACUUGAGGAAGGGCUGUCUUUCAGGACGUCCAUCAAAGAGCAUAGUAACAUCCGGACACUGGCCUUCCCUCAAGGCAAUGCGUUUACUGUCAGGACAGGCAGUGGAGGCUAUAAGUUUAGAUGGGUCCCAAACUGA